GUGACUGAAAUUGAGUUCAUUUAGUUCUAAAAUGGCUGUUUAAACGCAGAAGGCUGUUCCUUCUGGCUUUACUUCACAAUUCAGUUGUGUCAGAAAGUUCUUAAGUGUCUGCCACUUUUUAUUUUUAUUAUUUACUUUUCCUGAGAGGAAUUGUCAUGUCCUCAAAAGACCUGCGGCUGGAGUGCAACAGGUAGCCGCAUCUUCUUUUCAGCACAUGACGCACGAUUUUGAGGAAAUCAAAACUACAGAGUUGUUCAUCUAAUCGAUUCGGUUUGUUUGAUGGUUGUUUAUUUGGACAGAUUCGAGUUAGCGAGGAACCAGUUAUGCGGUCUUGCAGGAAAAAUAUUGCACAGAUACUAAACAUUGGCUGUUAAAUGUGUCAAUACUGUGGAAAUAGAUUCCACCACUCAUUUCACAAAUAAUGAUCUUGGACUAUAAUUAUCCCACGCCAAAUGUACCAGCUCACUAUACUGACUUUAUUCCCAAAUAGGAAUAAAUUGUAUAUUGCAGCCUAUUUACUGUGGUAUCUUGAAAAAAAAGCAUAUUCCCAAACACACUGAUUCUUCACAUAUUAUUAACUCAUCUUAUUAUUAUAUAUGUUUGUGCUGUUACAGGUGACAUAUGCACGCACGUAUGCUAAUUAAGAAAUAUAUGCAGGAUUGUAAAUGUCGAAAGACAUAUGUUCCUGACAGAAAGGUAAAUGUUUAUAAAGCAUUAAUUAUUCAAUUGAGUACCAGGACCAUGAAGCCCAGUCUGCUGCUAUGGUGACACCUGUGUCUUAGAAACGUGUCUAUUGCAUUGCAUUACCUCCAGAUAUGACGCAGGACCACCCCCCACUCACACACUUACUCAUACACAUACAUACAGGCAAACACACAGGAACACACAUACCCACAAGUAGUUUGUAUAAAAUAAAUGUGUUACUUGUUUGAUUUGAGUGUUUCAUAUGUUGAUUAGGGAUGUAUUCUUUAUUGACUGUAGACCUGUAAAAGCAGAAGAAUUAUAUGCAAAUAUGAAAACAUGAUGAAUGACAAUGCUUAUAACCUGUGUGAUUUAUUCAAACUAUGACUUCCCUUGUCAUUUUCUAUUAAAAGUUUGAUUGCAUAUGAUUCUGUUCCCUUCUCUGCAUUACAGGAUUUUAAGUCUUCUUCCCUUUCUUAUGCAUUUCCUUCUUUUUUCUCUCUCUCUAUUACUCUCUUCCUUGUGUGUCCCACACUUUCAUUGCUGCUGGCCUGUUCUGUUCGUCUCAUCUGUCCUUUCAAUUCUUCACUUUACCCCAUCAUCUUUUUCUCCUAUGCUUAUUUCUUGCCCUCCUCUGGUCUUCUCUUCCUCUCUUUCAUCUCCCCUAUUUAUUCUCAAUCUCUUGCUCUGCUCUCUCGAUUUUCCUCCCCUAAACCACUUCUCAUUGCCUGUAGACAUCUCUGUAAGUCUCCUAGCUGUGCUCGUGGGUUUCUGUGGACUCGCCUUGUUGGUAGUCUCUCUCUUUGUGUUUUGGAAGCUGUGCUGGCCCAUCUGGAGAAGCAAGGCGUUCUCUUCACACAGCGAGACUGUCCCCCAAGGGGUGCUGCCUGAGGCACCAGCACCCACACCUCACGUCACGCCCUCUCUUCUGGAGCACCAGGCAUUACAGGCUGAGAAGCAGGAGAAGAAAGAGGAGGAGGAGGAGCAGAGGAGGAAGGUGCCUGAGGUGAAGGUAAAUGGUCGUAGUUCGGUGAAGUCGCUUGAGGCAGCCAUGAAGAUCAGCCAGACAUCUCCAGACAUCCCGGCUGAGGUGCAGCAGACAAUACGAGAACACCUCAGUAAGAAGGCCAAGAUUCAGAAACAGAGCACUGAACCCACCUCCUUCUCCAGACACAAUUCCUUUCGUCGUCAUCUCCGGCGGCAGAUGAACGUCACCAGUGUGGACUUUACCAUGGACACUCUGCCAGUGAGACAGUCCUCAGCAGUCAGCAUUGGACGCAUAAAGCCGGAACUUUACAAGCAGAAGUCUGUGGACUCGGAGGAAGGAAACAAGGAACCAGUGGAGACAUGUGGCAAGCUUAGCUUUGCAUUGAAAUAUGACUAUGAGGAGCAGGCUUUAGUUGUGCGCAUCCUUAAAGCCCUAGACUUGCCAGCCAAGGACUUCACAGGUACCUCUGACCCCUACGUAAAGAUCUUCUUGCUCCCUGAGCGUAAAAAGAAGUUCCAGACACGGGUCCAUCGAAAGACGCUCAACCCUACAUUUGACGAGGUGUUUUGUUUCCCAGUGGAGUAUGAUCAGCUGUGUAACCACAAGUUGCACUUCAGCGUCUACGAUUUUGACCGCUUCACAAGUCAUGACAUGAUUGGCGAGGUAGUGGUAGACAACCUGUUUGAGCUCUCAGACCUGUCACGUGAGGCUGUGGUCUGGAAGGACAUUCUCGCAUCCACUACAGAGAGUGUGGAUUUAGGUGAAAUUAUGUAUUCCCUCUGCUACCUUCCCACGGCUGGCCGUAUGACUCUGACUGUCAUCAAGUGCCGAAAUCUAAAAGCCAUGGACAUCACUGGCUCCUCUGACCCGUAUGUUAAAGUGUCGUUGAUCUGUGAUGGACGAAGGCUGAAGAAACGGAAGACCACCACUAAGAAGAGCACACUCAACCCUGUGUACAACGAGGCCAUUAUCUUUGACAUCCCUCCUGAGAACAUGGAGCAGGUCAGCCUGUCGAUUAUGGUGAUGGAUUAUGACAGAGUUGGACACAAUGAGGUGAUCGGUGUGUGUCGGACAGGCCCCGAUGCCGAGGGUCUAGGCCGAGACCACUGGAACGAGAUGCUGGCCUACCCACGCAAGCCCAUCACCCACUGGCACACCCUGUGCGAGUGGCCAGGAAGGGGAUCCAGUUUUGAAAGCCAGGGUUCCUGCCCUUCCCCCAAACCUCCACAGACUCCAUAACCACAAUGAGAUCCUGAAAGACACAAAUCUUGUCACACUGCUUAGUGGCCAUGUUUUUGGUUUGUAUCACCAGAUAUCUCUUCUUCUCUUGUUGUAGCUUGUAAAAUUCCAUCAUUUUGCCAGAGGAUGUAGUGCAGGUAUCCCAUGUACACACAGAUAAUGUGACUCUAUUACCUCUAGAACUUGUGCUGAAAGCCUGUGGGUUAAAAGCAAUGGGUGAGGCAACAAAUUUAUUGAAUGGUUAUGUGAUGGAAUGUGAUAUUUGACAGUAUAAUGAUACUACAUUUGUGACACAUCAAAUGAUAGCCUUUAAAUUUUUGUCUUGCAUAAUAUAAAAAAAUUACGACAAUAUUUGGUGUUUUUAAUAUUAAUUUUUUAAACUGACAACCAUAAUUGUGGCGUGUGAAUUUUAAAUCUAAGCUUAUUUUGUGUGUGAUUUGAAAGUUAAAACAGCUGAGAGCCCUGAAUACUCAUCUGAUUGAUGUAGAUGUUAACACAUAGUAAAAAUGUAUGCAAAUGUUUAUACUCCUGCUUUAUGGGUUUACAUUUCUUACUCUUGUAAAGUGAAUCACUCUUUCUUAACUUUCCAUUUACUAUAAUCAGUGAUCACAUGAUGAAAAGGAAACUGGAUAUUAAAGCCUGCUCUCUAAAUAUAGCCUUCAAGGACCUGGUCAUCAGAAAACAGGUCACAGCUUGUCAUUUCAGUGCUUUAGACACAUUGUAGGGUACGCAUCAAUUCUGAAGUUCGUCUUAAAUGUUUAAGAUGCACAAACCAUUUUAUCCAACAAAUAUAGAAAAAAGGAUAAAGUAUGAAUUUAAACCUAUAAUUUCCUGAUUUGGGGAAAGACCUCAGGCUUACGAAAGCAAUCCAGGGUAGUGGUGCUUCUUCAAUCUGACAGGAAUAAGCGCUAGAACCCAGCAAGCCAUAUGUGGAAUUAAAACCUUGAAAAACAUGCAACAAGAUAGAAGAGAGCAGAAAUCCUACUGUAGUUAGGAAAAUGAAAGUGCAUUUUAGGAAAUGGUUUACAGCAUAUAGGAGUUGUAAUGAUCUAUCAACCUCAUGAUGCUUUCAUGGCAGUACAGAUUAAGGGGAAAUUCACAAUAGCAGAUAAUGUAGCGUGAGGAUUUAUUUCCAUAAGUCAUCAAAUGCAAAACAAAGAUAGUAAAUUAUCACAAUAAAAAAAAACACAGAGUGCAUUAACCAAAAAAAAAAAAAUCAAUCAUUUGUUUGCUAUGAUCUUUUUAAUUCCUUAUCUCCAGGGAUAUUAAUAAAUAUGCACUGAAGCACACAUGUAUAAUAUAUAAUAUAGAAGUGUUUAAAGGCACAUUACUAAGGUUUGUUUUUAUUUAUCACUUAUGAAAAUUAAAGAUUACAUUAUUUUUGACUAAACAAAUUAAAAUGUUUUGAAAUUAAAACCAAUUUUGACAGCAGUGACAAAAUGAAAUAUUCAGCUUAAUACACAAAUUUGUCAGACAAGUAUGAGCUACGAAUAAUGUAUUUUUAAAUAAGAAAAAUAAAUUGAGUAGAAUAUGUUCAUUUUUAAUAGUGAAAUAAAAACAGUUCUUGGUAGUGAGCUCAGAUUUUGGGACGUUUGUUUCUGUCCCUUUAACUGUAUCUAUUUAUUUCCUCUUCUUAAGACAUAGAAUGUAGAGCUAAUGAUAUCACGUCCCAGAGAAUUAUUUAAAUUAAAAUAAAGUAGUAAAACGAACCUUUGUAUGUAUUUAGUUAAGUUGAAUUUACCGCCAUAAAUCCUGGCAUAUGGAGUUAAUAGCAAAAUGUAGCUGUUCUUGACAUAAGUUGAUUUUUUUUUUUUUUUUAAACUUAAUAUAUGUUUUGAAACUGAAUAAGAAACAGGCAUAUGGAUGAGAUUAGAAGCUUGGAAAUGUUGUUUUUCCCAGUGGAUUGCUCAAAAACACCCAACGCAGCAGUAAAAAAAGAAUACCUUGCAAUUAUGCAAAUUAGCCUCAAUAAUUAAAUUUAUAUGCAACAUUCUUGGACCAAAGGUAUACUCCAGAAUACACAUUAUGAUUUUCUGUUCCCAUUUACCAUUGAUUUCAUGUUACCAUAGCAACACAGCAUUCCUUGUGUGAAUUAGUGAUUGAGGACCUGCGUAGAUUUGGAAAUCAUAUGAUACGUGAAGUUCACAACUCACACAAUUGGCCUCUAAAUGUGCUCUGUCUUUUAAGUGUUCAUAAAAGUAAUGCAAUGAACAUGACAAAUAUAUAUAAAGGCUGUGUACUGUUAACUUUUAUUUGCACAGUAGGACUAUGUUUCUGCCCCAGUAACACAAAAGUAAUACUUUCUUGUAGCAUGUUGACACCAGUCUCUCUAUUUCCUUGAUAAUAUUCGAAAUUUUAAAUGAACUACUGAAUUUUGGAGUUGUCUUUGUAUUUGCACAUAUCCGCCUUUGCAGUGCCAACGUGCAUAAAUACUUGAGUUUCUUGAAGUUAUGUUAAAGUGCAUUUCUAUGGAUUGUUUGGUGAUUAUUUGUGUGAUAAACUUAUAUAAAUUUAUCUUAUAUAUAGAUAAACUUAUAUAACUAUCUUAUAUGAUCUUAUACAACUUUAUAUGCAGUUUGCAUCUAUUGUGAAAUGUUGAAUUAAACUUGCUGAAAGUGUUACUCUUUGAGCCAUUGAAUAGUUACUUGGUAAAAUAGUAAAAAAAGUGCUUUUUGUCUUACUUGUAUCUGGCAAAGAAAAAAAGUGUUCACUACUCGUCGUCAUGAAAUGUACAGUUUUGUGAUAAUUUUUUUGUACCCAUUCAGUAAAUACUGAAUAUUGUAAUUUUACUGUAUCUGUUUCUUAUGUAUUUUAACUAAA